CAUACGUGGCAGUGAAUUUGAGACCAUUAAACGUGGACUAAAUCUAAUCAGCUGCACCGAAGAAAACGAGUUGUCUUUACUUGUUCCAUCCACUGAACUGCAGCGAUUAGUUGUCCAACGUCCCUGUUCAGGAUGAUCCCCAUUUUCAUUUUAGCCGUUUGUUUCGUACACACGCUUUGUGCUAGCGCGGAUUCCGAUGCUUUGGUGACAAGUAAAGCAUACCUUGAUAUCAGUAUUGGAGACAAAGCGGUGGGAAAGAUAGUGAUAGGGUUAUUUGGAAAAACUGCCCCUAAGACUGUAAAAAAUUUUGAGGCUCUGGCUUCACAUGAGUUUGGCUAUGGCUACAAAGGAGCUACUUUUCAUCGUGUGAUAAGGAAUUUUAUGAUACAAGGAGGAGACUUCUCCAACAGAGACGGAUCUGGAUCUAAGAGCAUCUAUGGCAAGUACUUUGAUGACGAGAAUUUUAUCCUGAAGCAUUAUGGGCCGGGUUGGGUGUGUAUGGCGAACGCCGGCAAAGACACCAACGGCUCACAAUUUUACAUCACAACUAUUAGGACGUCGUGGCUGGAUGGCAAGCACACGUGUUUUGGAAAAGUUCUGCAAGGAAUGAAAGUUGUCAAACACAUUGAAGGACUUAAUACUGACGAAAAAGAUCAUCCAGAUCAGACGGUGGUCAUUUCUGAUUCUGGUCUCGAGGAAGGUUUCAACUGGCCUUUUAAAGUUUCCAAGACGGGUGUGUCUGUGUAGUGGGGCUGUUCAGUGUUUCAUGGUUUGCAUUUAGAAAUUUCAGGUUUUUUUAGCCUAUUUUUAAGAAAGUGGCGCAUGUAUCAGCUAUGUAAAAGUAUAGAGGUGAGAGACAUUCACGUCUCGGCUCGAAAAAUUAAAAGAGACACCGUAACACCAUGUAUUUCUGAAAGCUUAAUAAAAUGUUCCACAACAUCCUA